GGGUAGGGGUGGGGCUGUACCGGAAAACAAGCCAAUCGCUCUUUCUCGGUGGCUGGCGGCUCUGGAGGCAGUUACUCGCUCGCUCACUUCCUCAAGAUGGCGGCAGACAAGGACGGCGGUGGCUUGGGUGAAGUGGCUGUGGGGAAUGGGCGGCGGCUCCACCUAGGGAUUCCUGAGGCGGUGUUUGUGGAAGAUGUAGAUUCUUUCAUGAAACAGCCUGGAAAUGAGACUGCAGAUACAGUACUAAAGAAGCUGGAUGAACACUACCAGAAGUAUAAGUUUAUGGAACUCAAUCUUGCUCAAAAGAAACGGAGACUAAAAGGUCAGAUUCCUGAAAUUAAGCAGACUUUGGCAAUUCUAAAAUACAUGCAGAAGAAAAAAGAGUCUACCACUUCACUGGAAACCAGAUUCUUACUGGCAGAUAACCUGUACUGCAAAGCUUUUGUUCCUCCUACUGAUAAAGUGUGUUUGUGGUUGGGGGCUAAUGUAAUGCUUGAGUAUGAUAUUGAUGAAGCUCAGGCUUUGUUGGAAAAGAAUUUAUCGACUGCCACAAAGAACCUUGAUUCUCUUGAGGAAGACCUUGACUUUCUUCGAGAUCAAUUUACUACAACAGAAGUCAAUAUGGCCAGAGUUUAUAAUUGGGAUGUCAAAAGAAGAAACAAAGAUGAUUCUGCAAAGAACAAAGCAUAAUAUUAGCUGGCUAUUAAAAAUGUGGUUCUGUUUUCCAAACAUGUAACUUUAAAUUCCCCAGCAUUUUUCCUUAAAGAUUGACAUAACUUUUAGUGAUUUUUUUUUUAACAGCAAGAAUGAUUGAAACUUUUAAAAAAAAGAUAAACACCAUUUUAUUUAUUUGUAAAAGCAAAAUUAGUUUCAAAUGUUUUAUUAAAUUAACACUAUUCUUUCACAUUGCCAAGCAAAAUUAAUACUGCUUUCAUCUUUUUUUUUUCUGUCUAUUAUAAAGGCAACUCAACUGAAAUCGGUGGAAAACUGAUGUAUGCUAUGGAAGCUGAAUGCUGGGCAUUAGCACACUUUACUUCUUAUUGACUUGCGUGGUUAAACCAUUUUAGAGGUAGAAAAGACAGACAGUUUUAGUAUUUGUAAACUUAUUUUUUUAGUACUUGUAGGACUAUAUAGUCCUUUGUUGCUGUUGUCUUCUGUCAAGGGGGUUUCAUGGGUUACUGCUUGACCAAUAGCUAUUAUGGUAUUCUGAACUUUUCAGAAAAUGCUAACUUGCCUUCUUACACAGUAAGAGGGCUGCUGCUGCAGCACUUCUAACACCAAAUAAGUGCAGAGUGUCUUUAUAGUACCAGCAUAAGGGGGAUCUUAGCCAAUGUGAAAUAGUACUACACAUUCGGAACCCUUGGCUAAGGUGAUUUUAUAUUUCUUAACAGUUCUCUAAUAGUAAUAUUAAGAUAAAUGUAAAUCUGUAAUGGUUGGAAAGAAUUAGGAGCCUUUUUAUUCAUGAAAAACCUGCAUAGGAAUAGUAAAAAGAAAAAAAUCCCUGUGGAAAGCCAUUGGUACAGUGGCAAGUACUGGGUAAUACAGAUUUGAGUAAAAACACAAAUGUAUUAUUCCAUCUCCAUGUAGUAAAAAGUAUACCUGUACAAUGUUUUGUACUUGUAUUUCAUGUUAUUAAAACAAAACACUGAUGUUGAAA